AUGUCCAAAGAAACUCAUAUAGAUCGCGAUUUAGAUUUGUCUAAUGCAAAUCGAGGCGUUUGGCUGGUGAAAGUUCCUAAAUAUGUGGCGAGUCGUUGGGAAAAAGCUCCCAGCGAUAUGGAAGUAGGAAAACUGAAAAUAACCAAACAACAAGGGCAAAAACCUCAAGUUGCCUUGUCCCUUUCCACUCCAAUAUUGGCCCUGAACGAGCCUGGCGAGGGCAGCAUCCCUAAAGAUCAUAGAUUAGAUGUUUCUACAGUUACUCAGCAAACUUUGGGAGUUUUUUCUCAUGUGAUACCUGAAAAAACUGAUUCAGUAGUUCCUGAAACUGAAAAACUAUACAUGGAAGGCAAAAUUGUGCAAAAAUUAGAGUGCAGGCCUUACGCAGAUACUUGUUACAUGAAACUUAAAUUAGAAUCAAUUAAAAAGGCCUCAAUGCCUACUAGAAAAGUUAAACAAUUGGACAGAGUUGUGCAAAGCUAUAAGCCAGUGUCAGACCACAAAAACAAUAUUGAGUACAUGGAACGUAAAAAAGCAGAAGGCAAAAAGGCCCGCGACGACAAAGACUCUGUCUUGGAAAUGUUGUUUUCCGCAUUCGAAAAGCAUCAAUAUUAUAAUAUUAAAGAUUUAGUGAAAAUCACAAAACAGCCAAUUACGUACUUGAAGGAAAUCCUAAAAGAAGUGUGCAAUUAUAACUUGAAGAACCCUCACAAGAAUAUGUGGGAAUUGAAGCCUGAAUACAGGCAUUAUAAGCAACCUGAAGCUGAAGCAAAGAAAGAAGAAUCUGAUGAUGAUUAA